AUGGAAAUGGAUUACUCGCAGCUUCCACCCGAUAAGAAGAUUGGAGGUAAAUCUCAGAAGAAAAUUAAACGCUUGCCGUUGGUGGUCAAUUCCACAAAGUUGGUCUCUCAAAACAUGCUUCGAGUGAACAAAAUUUUGUACUACGUUACUGAAAAAUUUGAUACGAGAACGUCGGAAAUGAAGGAGAAGAGGAAUCCACUGGAAUGGCUAGCACUCGAGUGCCGUGGGCAAGAACUACAAGGUAAUAUGACGCUUCAGACAAUCAGAACGAAAAUAUGGAAGUCUAGUGGCGACAUCGGCUAUUACAUUACGGAUGAGGAAAUCAACAUGACCUUAGAUGAAUUCAAGGCGAAAAUCUGUCCCAUGGGAGAAGCACAAAGAAAAUUGAUGUGUUUCCAAGCUCAACCUACUCCUGAGGCCGCAGAAAAGUUUCCAGAAAUGGGCUCUUUGUGGGUUGAAUUCUGCGACGAAGCGUCUGUGGGAAUCAAGACUAUGAGAAACUUUUGUAUUCACAUCAGUGAGAAGAACUUUAGCACGGGUAUUUUCAUCUACCAAACAUCCAUCACCCCCAGUGCCAAUAAGUUGAUCCCAACCGUGUCGCCAGCCACUAUUGAGGUGUUCCAGGAGAGCGACUUGGUGGUGAAUAUUACCCAUCACGAAUUGGUUCCAAAACACAUCCGUUUGUCUAAGCCGGAGAAAAAAGAAUUGUUAGACAGAUAUAGAUUGAAGGAGUCACAGUUACCCAGAAUCCAGAGGGAGGACCCUGUUGCCAGAUAUUUGGGUUUGAAGAGAGGUGAUGUUGUGAAAAUCAUCAGAAGAUCCGAAACCUCUGGUCGUUAUGCAUCCUACAGAAUCUGCUUGUAA